CUGGUGGCUGUGGGGUUCACUAAAAGAAAGCGAGUGAGCCAACGAGAUAAGAAUGCAUUAGGCCCUGCACACCCCCAUAGCUGUUCAGUCUUCGAGUCCACCUAGCAAAUGGCCAAUGGCAGAGCUCGAGGACGACCGUCUCUUGUUCCAAGGCUGACUGCUGGCUUUGGCGGGAACCUCCUCCCCCAAAUAGUUCUCUCAUUAAUGCGAAAGGGCCGCCAGUCUGGCUGCAUCCCCCCCCCCAAAAAGCCCUUGCUAAAGUCCUAUCUAAACUCGUCGGGGUGUGCAAUUACAUCGACGGGGCCAGGUCCGGCUCAUCGCCAAACCAAUACCCAGCCAGCCGGCACCGUGCACGCGUGAGACAGGCAAUCAAACGCCAUGGAGAGCACGCCAUCAACCCCCAGCAAGGUCAUUUGCCCUCUGGAACGGCCGCCAGCGACGACGACAAUUGGGAAGUCCAUCUUUCUCGCCGGCACAACGAGCAAGGGAGACUGGCGCAAACAUCUUGCCGACUCCAUCUCUCAUCUCCCCGUGACCAUUUUCAACCCCUUCCGUCCGGACUGGGACAGCACUUGGAGGGAGGACGUUUCCGACGAGAGGUUCAGGGACCAGGUCGAGUGGGAGCUGGAGAUGCAGGAGAGAGCCGACAUCAUUGUCGUCUUCUUCGAGCAGGACACUGAGGCUCACAUCAGCCUGCUCGAGCUAGGACUGUGUGCUCGGUCUGGAAAGGCCAUCGUCGCGUGCUCGGAGCGAUACAAGAAACGGGGGAACGUCCAGGCCGUCUGUGCCCGGUAUGGGAUUCCGCUUGUUGCCAACCUCGAGAGCUUGGAGAGGGAACUGGUCAGCAGGCUGGGAGAGUCUGGUCUAAAUGACUCAUGAAAAUGACUUAGAUCAGGAUAAUUGAUGCAUUUGGAUACAACAACUGAUUUCCUCAGUAUGAACGACGACCUACCUAAACAGGUGGUAGGCGUUUGCUUGCGCCGCACUGUAUACA